AGUAGCAAUGUUUAAUAUAUAAGAGAGCAGAUGCCUCUCCUUCAUAUCUGUUGAAUGCAGACUAUUAUGAUCUGAUUAAUAUUGACAUAUAGGUGAACGCGAAAUGAUUUUCCAAAUUGAUCUGCAAAGCAAGAACCUAAGUAUGAUACCAAAGAUCAAAACAAAUCGCAAUUGGUUGUUGAUCUUCGAAAAAUUGGAAAUUUCUAUUAAAAAAGUAAACCAAAUGAAGUAAAUAAUGAAGAUUCUUAAAUGUUUGGGAAACACUGCUUUUUCAAAUUUAUUGCUCUCUCUCCCAACUUCAUCAGGCCAUAUACUCCACCUAUGCUUAGUUAGUUAGAUUUUAACUUUAGUUAAUCGCAGACACAAACUAACGAAGCAGCGUGAACGUGAAUUAUAAAUAAAACUCAAUUCUUGAAGAUAAUAGAUUUUUAAAAUCAAUUUUAUUUUUUUAUCGAAUAUGAAUAUAAGUGUAAACUUCUCUUUUAUAAUUGCGAAAAAAACAAAAAAAAAAACUAUUUUAAUGGUUUGAAGUAAAACAGUUAGAAGACAAAGAAAAAAAAUUCUUUCAAAACGAUUUACUAACCAAAAAGAUUAAAUAAAUAAAUUGAAAGUAUUAUUACUUUCGCUGCACAUGCGCAUACGUUUUGCUUGUUUGAAGCAUUAUGUUAAUAAUUACUACAGUAUAUGUAGCAUGAUCGGUUUAGAAAGUUUAGUUAGAGAAUUUUACGCUUCAAAGCAGAAGCAGCUGAAAUUGAAAAGAAACCAAAAACCAGUGGUAGCAGACAACACAAACAAAACCUCAACAACAUCACCGUCGUCUCAGCAACGGCAAAAUCAUUUCAGAUCCAUUAUUAUUGGGCAACGAAAAAAGUCAAAUAACAAAAAUAACAAAAUAAAUUUAUUAAUUAAAUUAAACGAAGCAGCAAACAACAUAUUGCAAUCAUUUUAUACAUGACAGUAUGUCCGAUUCCGAACCGCUUAGCUUGGAAUUCAUUGAAGAUCCAUAUAUACCGAAAUUCGAGGAUAUACAAACACCAUCUUUAGAUACUCUUCCAUCGUUUAGCCAUCAUUCGCCUAUAAUAGGUAAUAGAACAGCUGAUGCCAUUGCUAACGUUAUUGAUAAUAAUCUCGAUUGGACUGAAGAAACUGAUUUAUAUUUACGCAAUUUAACACUUGAACAAAUCUUUUACGAUGUAGACUCCGAUUAUACCAAUCAGCUUGAAUUACAAGCUGUAGAAACUGAAUUUAUUGCCGCAAAAUUAGCCAAUCAAACGCCAUCGAUGUCGAUAGCAAAACGUUUUCGUUUAAAAUUCUUCACCAAGCAAACAAUGCGUGAUGUUAAAGUUACUUUUAUUGAUUUCUCAAAACCUUAUUUAGCUAAAAUAUCAAGUAAUGAAAAUUAUAAGCGCUUCCUAAACAUUGGUUCUACAAACUACAAUAAUAAAGAUAAUUCAGCUAAACAUUCAGGUGCGUCUUCACCAGCCGCGUCCGUAGCCUCGGCUGACAUAGCUGCUGAAUUCGCUGCGCUGACGGUAGAAGAACAAGAAAAACAAAGGGCUGAAUGGAGUCAAGAACUAGCACGUGUUGAGGAAGAGAUCAAUACGUUGCGUACUGUACUGGCUUCGAAAACACGUCAUGCUUCUGAUUUGAAGCGUAAAUUAGGCAUAACUGUUUGGAAAGAAAUAACUGAUGACAUGAAUCAAGGAUUGAAAUCAGUUAAAGAAAGUAGCGUAUUUCAACGCACUGAGUCUGUAUUGAAAUCGACUUCGGAAAAAACUGCCUCGGUUUUUGGCAGCAUCACAAGCGGUAUUUCAUCGAAAUUUACACAAAUGAAAAAUUCCGAAUCGAUGAGAUCUAUUGAGGAAAAAGUGGGUUCAGCCUAUGAGAACGUUAAAGUAAGCUAUGAACACAACAAUUUUUUAUGCCGAUCUCAUGCGACAAAAGUAUCUACUUCCCGUUCGGGCUCUGUAAGCAGUUUCAAUGAAGGCCUUAACGAUAAUAACACAACAUCCGGUUUGAAUUCACCCACAAAUUCAGCAGAUAAUUAAACUAUCAAAAGCAAAAAA